AUGAGCUUCUUUGGUCUUCAGCCGCCGGCGCCGUUUCUUCCAUUGCCGGGGGACCCAGAGUUGCCAUGGGAGCAGUGGCGCAGCAUGUUUUUGAACUACUUGGCUGCCAUUACCGACACUACGUUCACGGGCCCGAGGAAGAAGGCGGUGUUGUUGCACUGUUUGGGUGCAGAAGGGCAACGGAUCUUUCAGGCUUUGGAGACGGCGACUGUUGUCAUGAAAGAGGGCGAGGGAGACGGGAAAGAUGGUGGCAAGGACGAGAGCAAGCAGAGUGAAGUGUUGGAACAAGCGUUGCAGAUCCUGGACAAGAGGUUUGGAAGUGCGCCGAACGUAGCCGUUCUUCGCCACCGGUUUCGUGCGAGACGACAGCAGCCUGGAGAGUCAACGCAAGCGUUCGUCGGAGAACUAAGAUGCCACGCAGCGAAAUGUCAGUAUGGGACAUUUGAAGAUGAUGCCGUCAGGGACCAAUUACUGGAAGGCACUGUGGUCCCGGGACUACGGGAGCGACUACUUAUAGAAGGCGGACGGUUAUCACUGAGUGCUGCGGUGACGUUGGCAACUACGUACGAAGAGAGCAUAAAGGCCGCCAAAGAGUUUCAGCAGUCUGGUGAAGUACAAAAAGUUGACAAGUACCGGCAGCAGGAGAGAAGGAAAGGGAAAUGGCCGCAAAAGGAAGCCAAGGGCGCAGACCGACAACCAACGGGGGGUCCUAAACCAACAUUACAACGUGCCGGUAAGCAAUUGGCAUGUUAUCGUUGUGGAAAAAUUGGUCAUUUCGCCAAUGACGGAAAUUGUAGAGCCAUAGAUAAGAAAUGCAGAGGAUGUGGAAAGAUUGGACAUCUUAUCAAGGUCUGCCGAAAUUCAAAGACUAUUAACGCAAUUCAGUCAAACGACGAGGAUAUCGCUGUAUUAAGAAUUGGGGACGGACAUGCGAAUGAGGUGUAUGCCGAAGUUAUUGUGGAAGAUGUCUCCAUGAGAUUAACUGUCGACACUGGGUCAGCGGCUUCGUUAAUGCGUCAAGAUGUGUACAAGGUCAAUUUCGAGCGGAAGUACCCGUUAGCACCACCGCCGCGCAAGCUGGUGAAUUACAGUAAUCAGAAGAUAUCUGUUACGGGCUGCUUCGAAGCUAAGGUUGUGUUCAAGGACAAAGUGGGGACGAUUUUGUUCUAUGUUGUACCAAGGGGAACAACCUUGCUGGGACGUGAUGCCGUCCGGGUGUUGAACAUAUGCAUUGAGGGCAAGUCGUUGCAGUGUUUGAGUAUCGAUGGGACUAAUGAGAGUGUCUUGCCGCCAGAUCUAAGAAGAGAGUUCGGACAGUUGUUUGAGAAACGCAUUGGUUUUGCAAAAGGAUUUACGCAUAAAGUGCAUGUGAAGGCUGAUGUCAAGCCUGUAGCACAGAAGUUGCGUCGGCUACCGCUGGCGUUGAGAGACAGGGUGUCCAAAGAACUGAAUAAGCUAGAAAGUGAAGGCAUCAUUGAAAGGGUUGAUGCAUCGCCGUGGGUGUCACCAAUUGUGGUGGUUCAGAAGCCGGACGGUAACAUUCGACUUUGUGUCGAUCUGAGGGAGCCCAACAAAGCGAUAGUAGCUGAUGCGUACCCGUUGCCUACAGUGGAGGAAUUGCUGAAUUCUUUAUCAGGAGCGAACUAUUUUGCAAAAUUGGAUUUGGCGUCAGCAUAUUAUCAAGUUGAUCUGAGUCACGAAAGUCGUGCGCUGACAACAUUUAUCACACAUGAGGGACUGUUCCGGUUUCGGCGUGUGUGUUUUGGACUAGCGUCGGCACCAUCGGUGUUCCAGAAACUGAUGUUGCAGCUUCUUCGAGACUGCCAAGGACUCGUUGUGUACUUGGACGAUGUUGUGGUGUUCGGCAGUGAUCGGGAAGAAUACCGGAGAAAUUUGCGAAGGGUCUUGAAGAAAAUAGCGGAGGCUGGACUAACCCUUAACAGGAAGUGUGUAUUCGACAGGCAGGAAAUUCAGUUCCUCGGGCACCAGUUGUCUUCCGGUGGAAUUCGGCCUCUGCAAUCGAAAAUUGAUGCUGUCAUGCAAGCCCCAGCGCCCAAAAAUCAAGAAGGACUCCGUGCAUUCAUAGGACUUACUGGUUAUUAUGCCCGCUUCGUACCUCGCUACGCGCAUGUGGUGGAACCCCUGCGUAGACUUCUACGUAAAGGUGCGUCGUUUGAGUGGAAUAAGGAAGCGGACGAAGCCUUCAGGAGAGUCAAACAGCUUCUAGGAGCAGCAGGGGUACUGCGUCCUUUCGACCCUAAGUUGCCAGUUAUUGUAACAACGGACGCCUCUAGCUGUGGAGUUGGAGCGGUGUUGCAGCAGCGAGACGAGAAGAGCCUGCACACAGUAGCUUUUGCAUCGAGGACCUUGUCCACUGCAGAACGGAACUAUUCGACAGGUGAGCGAGAAGCGCUCGCUUGCAUCUGGGCUUGUGAGCGAUGGCAUGUUUACCUCUGGGGGAGACACUUUACACUUAGGACUGAUCAUCGCGCGCUGGUCACUCUUCUGUCAACCCGAGGGCAGGGACAUCGACCUCUGCGGAUUGUGCGCUGGACAGCCAGACUCCUGAAUUACCACUACACGGUCGAACAUAAGAAGGGCUAUGAAAACGUCAUAGCCGAUGCCCUGUCUAGGCUGCCUCUGUCCAACAGCGAGGAAACAAAAUUCGAUGAGGAGGUAGUUUCAUGGGUAACUACCUGUCUGACAAAGGCAGAAGUACAGCGAGCAACGGAGCAGGAUGACCUGUUGAAGAAAGUUAUCACAUACAUCAGGACGUCUUGGCCAGUGAAGCGGAGUGUGUCUACAGAGGAAGAACCGUUCUAUCAGGUACGGGAGGAACUGUCCGUAGUUGAUGGUCUUGUGUACAGGGGUGAAAGACUAGUGGUUCCAAAACAGUUGUCGAGAAGGAUCAUUUCCCAAGCUCAUCAGGCUCACCAAGGGAUGGUAAGGACCAAACAACGAAUUAGGCAGGUAUAUUGGUGGACCAGCAUGGAUCGAGAAGUUGAAGAAUAUGUAAAGAGUUGUGCAGUUUGCCAAGCAGCAGAUAAGUCUGCAAGAGUGUCACCGGCACCACUACAACCAGUACCAUUACCUGAAGGACCAUGGCAGAAGUUGGCGAUUGAUAUCGUCGGGCCAUUUCAGUGUGCUCCACAAGGGUGCAGAUUUGCCAUCUCGCUGAUGGACUAUUUUAGCCGAUGGCCUGAGGUUGCUUUUGUUGGAACUGUAACAGCGCAGGUGGUCAUUGGGUUUCUUCAGCGUGUGUUUUGCCGUGAGGGGCUGCCUAACGAAUUAGUCUCGGACCACGGACCUCAAUUUACGUCAGCAGUAUUCGAGGAAUUCCUGAAGAAUCAGGGUAUUAAGCACUUAUUUUCGUCUGUGUAUUAUCCGCAGGCAAAUGGAUUGAUAGAACGGUUUAAUCGUGUUCUGAAAGAUCAAGUGCAGCUUGCAGUUUUGCAAGGGAAGCCAGUGACGGAGGUAGUACAGCAGGGUCUGCUGGCAUUUCGGUGCACGCCGCAUGCUACAACGGGAUGUGCUCCAGCAGUGCUCUUGCACGGCCGAAUGCCUCGGACGAAGUUGCACGUGGUUGGCAUAGCAGUGCCUUCAACCCCUCCCGGAGUUGAUCUACGUCGGAAGGUGAGCGACCGACAAGAGUAUAUGAAAAGAUACACGGACGCGCGUCGAGGUGCAAAGUCACCACAGGUUAAUCCCGGGGAUUUCGUUCGCAUAAAAUUGAAGGAAAAAGGCAAGGCAAUGCCUCGGUUUUCAAGGCCAUUGAAGGUAUUGAAGAAAUGCGGGAAAAACUCGUUUCUGCUUCAGGAUCGUCGGGUGUGGAAUGCAUCAAAGUUAGCACUAUACUCUCGGCCUGUCUCUACGGAUGCAGCCUGUUCGUCAGAGCUGUUGUCGCCUGCCAUCUACAGUGGGGUGCAAGAUGUACUGUGUGGUGAUGUGCAAGCAGCUCAAGAACCUGAAGGACCAACCAACAUAGACACGGGGAGUGAUGUCCAGACCCCAGAGCCAGUGCCUCCAGCUACUUCUACUGAGGAGGGGGAUGAGGAUGCAAAUGUGCAGGGAACUGUACCCGAGGGACAGCACACAAGUCGACCUCGGAGAGUGCGACGACCCCCAGCGUAUCUCCGUGAUUAUGUUUUGGAUUAG